AUGUCAUUAUCAAAAUUCAUCGAUUCUAUCCCGUCUUGGGUACCUGGACAAGAACUUCUUCAUCCUCAUUACAAAUAUGCUUCUGCCGGACCUGCGUUAUUCGAGUUUGAUAAGAAGAGUCUUUGGGCUUUCGUGGCUAUGACUGCUUUUAAUCCUAUUUUUUGGAAUACCGUUGCUAGGAAUGAAUACCGAAAUAAGACCAUCACCAAGAUAGUCGGAUCGCCUCUAGUCGGUACUUAUUUCUUGGCUUUGACUAUUUUCUCAAUAAGUGCAUUUAGGGAUCAUCUCUUUCUCAACGCUGUCAAGAAUCAACCCUCGCUCCUUGAACUUGAUAAUACAAUUGUCAAAUUGAUCGCAGUCGCUCUUUUCGCUGCUGGUCAGACUUUCGUCAUUUCUUCCAUGUGGGCUUUGGGAGUCACCGGUACAUACCUCGGAGAUUACUUUGGUAUUCUCAUGACUCACCGAGUCACCUCUUUCCCUUUCAACGUUCUUUCCGACCCGAUGUACGUCGGUAGUGCCUUGACCCAUUUAGGUACUGCACUUUGGUUCCAAUCACCCGUUGGAAUCUUAUUAGCCGGAUGGAUUUGGAUUGUUUACUCUAUUGCUCUCAAAUAUGAAGGCCCAUUCACAGAUAAGAUCUAUUCCAACAAAGCAUCUUCUUCAUCCGCUUCCAAGAAAUCCACCGACUCCUCUUCUGAUUCAUACGCUACCGUAACUUCAUCUUCCAUCCCCGCCACACCAUCUAGAAGAUCAGGUAGGAUCGCAUCUCGAAAAUCAUUAGCCGGUACAUCCGAUGUCGAUUCCUCAGAUGCUGAAAACAAAUCAGUCGGCGGCGGCGGCGGAACAAGAAGAUCUAGAUCAUCAGUCUUGAAUCAAGAAUUACAUAACGCAGCUGGAAGUGAUGCGAAAGGAACUCCAGGAAGAUUGACUCGGUCCAGAAGUAAACCCAGAGUAAUUGAUGAUUCCGACUAG